AUGUUCCUUGCGCAAAGAAACGUUGCGGUGGUUCUGCUGGCGAUUUUCGUCAGCCUAUCGUUAGCCUUACAGCGUGUGGACGAUACUGUCCCGAAGUCAAAGGAGCUUGGGCAGCAAAGGAAACUGAUCGUUGAUCGCAAGGGACGUUUCCUGCUGCCUGCUGAUUUUGCCGUGAAAAAGAAACGGUACAGCGUCGGUACGCGGGGCGUGGGAACGUUCUUCCGUGCCUGGCGGAACUGCAUUGAGGAGGGAAAAAGUCUGGCCACCAUAGAAAGUGUCGAGGAGCAGGCAUUUUUGGAGUCGAUGCUGCAAUCGAUCUCAGCGCGCACCCGUUACUGGAUAGCGGCUACUAACCUGGGUGCCGCAGAUAGUAACUCGCUAACGUGGAUUACAACGGACCUACCGGUACAAACCCUACCUUUCGAUACAACUAUAGAAGCAGACAGCUGUUACACACUGAGCCCAAAUGGAACUUGGAAAUUGGAUGGCUGCGACAGUUCGGGAAAGGCUCGUCCAUACCUCUGUGAAGAGUACUAUUAA